AUUGCAGAAGCGGAAGGUCCCCUUGUUAGUUCUCAGACCGUAUGCCGCACACUGCAACAAGUCGGUUUGCAUCUCCGUCGUCCCAGAAGGAAGAAUCUUCUGAAGCUGGCUCACAAAAAAGCCCACAAACAGUUUGCUGAAGAACAACCUGUCUAAGAUCAUGCAUUACUGGAAUUAUGUCCUUUAGUCUGAUGAAACUAAGAAACUUGUUUGGAUCAGAUGGUGUCCAGCAUGUGUGGUGACACCCUGGUAAGGAGGACCAAGACAAUUGUCUUAACUACAGUCAAGCAUGGUGGUGGCAGCAUCAUGGUCUGAGGCUGCAUGAUUGCUGCUGGUACAGGGAAGCUGCAGUUCAUUGAGGGAAGCAUGGAUUCCAACAUGUUCUGUAUCAUUCUGAAGCAGAACAUGAUGCCCUCCAUUCAGAAACUGGGCCGAACUGAGGUUUUCCAACAUAAUAACGACCCCAAACACACAGACAAGAUGACACCUGCCUUACUGAGGAAGCAGAAGGUGAUGGAAUGGCCAAGUAUGUCUCCAGACCUGAGCCCUAUUGAGCACCUGUUGGGCUCCUCAAACGAAAAGUGGAGAAGUGUCAUGUGUCUAACAUCCAGCAGCUCUGUGAUGUCAUUAUGGAGAAGUGGAAGAGGAUCCCAGCAACAACCUGUGCAGCUCUGGUGAAUUUCAUGCCCUGGAGGAUUAGGGCAGUGGUGGAUAACAACGGUGCUCACAACAAAUAUUUACACUUUGGAUACAGAUUUGACAUGUUCACUUGGCAGUUCCUGUCCUCUCCAGCCUCCCCAUGGUGCAGUAGAGCUCCAUAAUGGAUAAGAUUCUGGAAGGUCUGGUGAGCUCGUCUCACCCGGUCCAUGUUAAGCGAGCCAUAGUGAAGAUGGUGGUGGAGGCGGCUGAGAAAGAAGUGACCCCGGAUCAGUGUCAGGCCCUGUACCAUCUGACUGCACGCCUCAUCCUGCUCGGCGAGGACGCCUUCCAGCGGCAGGUGGGUCUCCAGGUGCAGGAAGCCUACGCGCGAUACCACCGCGACGAGUUUGCCCGGUUCCUCAGUAAAGAUUACGUCCUGGAGCUGCUGCGUCAGGGCUACGGCCCUCUGGACCCCCGUGAUCUGACCAUACUGGACUUCCUGCAUGGCUGCCUGAGGCUCCUCAUCAGCUGCCCGGCUGUGCUCGAGCUCGCCCCGACGCUGCAGACCGAGGUCCUGCGCAUGGUGUGCGAGCGACCCAACGCCACGUUCUGCAGCAAACUCGCCACGCUGCUCAGCGACUUUCCCCAGUGUGUGCCGCGCAACAAAGCCGCAGUGCCGUUUUGCCAACAGCUGGUGCGCACGUUCGCACAUCUUCAGUGCUCAGCGGCCGAGGAGGCGGAGUUGAGACGAUACGUUAGGCAGGUGGGCUGCGUGGCUGCGUUGCUGCAGGGCAUCUGGAAGGCAGAACCAGCCACGAUUCUUCCCUCACUGCAGGAAGUGUUCGCUGUUAUCUCCUCAACAGAUCCAUCCUUUGAGCCAUCCAUUGCUCUGGCUAGUCUGGUGCAGCACAUCCCCCUGGAGAUGAUCAAAGUCCUCAUCAAGAGCCUCACCACCGACCAAAAUGUCAAGGACGCCAGCAUGACCCAGGCCCUCAGCAGAAUGAUCGAUUGGCUCUCAUGGCCGCUGGCCAAUCACGUAGACAUCUGGGUUAUCGCUCUUCUGAAGGGGCUGGCUGCCGUGCAGAAGUUCACCAUCCUCAUCGAUGUCACUUUGUUGAAAAUCGAACUGGUCUUUAAUCGUCUGUGGUACCCCAUAGUGAGACCGGGAGCAUUAUCAGUCCUCUCUCACAUGCUGCUGAGCUUCCAGCACUCACCAGAGGCCUUCCACCUGGUGGUCCCUCACGUGGUCCCGCUGGUGAAGUCUUUGCAAAGCGACGGCCUUCCUACCAGCAAAGCCUUCCUGCUGCAGUUCACCGAGCUCAUCCACUGCAUGAUGUACCAGUACUCUGGCUUUCCUGACCUCUAUGACAGCAUCCUGGAAGUCAUUAAGGACCUCCCUAAACCCGGUGAAGAGAAGAUCAAGUAUGUGCUGAAUCAAAGUGCCUGGACCUCUCAGUCGAAUUCUUUAGCCUCUGGACUGUUGAGGCUUUCCGGCAAAUCGGAGACAGGGAAGACGGGACUUGUGAACUUGGGCAACACAUGUUACCUGAACAGCAUCAUUCAGAUGCUGUUCAUGGCUACAGAUUUCAGACGGAACGUGUUAUCUCUGAACCUGAACGGCUCGAAUUCGCUAAUGAAGAAACUACAGCUUCUCUUCGCUUUCUUGGCGCAUACUCAGCGAGCAGCAUACGCACCGAGGGGUUUCCUGGAAGCGUCUCGGCCGCCCUGGUUUACAGCCGGUUCACAGCAGGAUUGUUCCGAGUAUCUACGCUUCCUUUUAGACAGGCUACAUGAGGAGGAGAAGGAUCUCCGAGCUCUCCAGACAGCCCAUCCCAAGACCGUGUCCUCUGAUACCGAGGGUAACAAUGAGGCAAAAGCUCAGAAUGUGACCGAAACGCCGUCUCAUUAUCAGACUAAAGAUCUGGACACUGGUGAUGACAGACGGACUCUGGUGGAGCGAAUGUUCGGAGGUCGUCUUUCCACGAGCAUCCGCUGCCUGCAGUGCCACAGUGUUUCUGAGAAAGAGGAACCGUUUACUGAUCUCUCUCUUGCUUUUUGCCCAUCUGGAAUCACGGGCUCCUCAACAGCUCAGUUCCACCAGAGGGCAGUAAACGGCGGCAGCGAGAACCCCGAAGGCACUGCAAAGGACGAACGCAGCGUAGAACCCCCCAAGACCGAGGCGGCGCUGUCCCUGUCCGAUCUGCUCGAGUAUUUCCUGGCACCAGAGAUCCUAGAGGAGGAGAAUUGUUACUUCUGCGAACGUUGCGGCUCGCUGCAGCGGGCGGAAAGGGCCAUGCACGUGGCGACAGCCCCCGAGUACCUCGUCCUCACUCUUUUACGCUUCUCGUAUGACGCGAGGUGCCACGUGCGGCACAAAAUACUGGACAACGUAGGUAUCCCGCUGCACGUGCACCUGCCUGUUCACCAGCACCACUCUUCUGCAUCUUCACCGUCUUCGUCCUCAACGUCUCCACCAUCGGUGCAAAUGGACUCUCCAGGGAGUUGUGAAAACUUGGCCAAGAAGUUGAAACCUUCCCAUAAAGAGAAAGAGGAGGAAGACAAAGGAUUAACGGACAGGGGGAAAAGGGACCGGGAGUCAGGAGUACGACGUGUACCUUAUGUCCUGUGUUCCGUCGUGAUGCACUCUGGGAUGUCGUCAGAGAGCGGCCACUACUAUUCGUACGGCAGGAACUUGAGCAGUCCGUCAGCCGGGAAUUCUUUCAAGUGUCCGGAAUCGGAUUCCGGUAUCGGACUUUCAGAGGGCUCCACGGCUUCGCAGGAAGUACUGGAGCGUGCAGGGGAGGACUCCAGGGACUGGUUCCUGUUCAACGACAGCAGGGUGACCUUUACUAACUUCCAGUCCGUGCAGAACAUCACGAGCCGCUUCCCCAAGGACACGGCCUACGUCCUGAUUUACAGGAAACAGGAAGAGCUCGGAGCACAGGCUGGGGAUUCACAAACUACCGUUCACGGCUCCAGGUUCAAUGGGGAGCCACCUCUUCAUAAAGAUCUAAUGGAUGCCAUCACCAAAGACAACAAACUCUUCUUACAGGAGCAGGAGCUCAACGCCAGGGCUCGUGCUCUCCAGGCCGCCUCGGCUCCCUGCUCAUUUCGACCCAACGGCUCGGAUGACAACGAGCCCCCGGGAAGCUGUGGGCCCUCGGGUGGAGGAGGUGGUGGAGGAGGUGGUUUCAGCACUGUCAGCAGACUGGUCUUUUGAGAGUGGGCCACUUUCAGAUUCGAACAGAGCACUGGACUCACAAACUCAACACUGGACUUCCUUCUAUCCGAAUCCAACAUGCAGAAAAUAACUCGAAAACCUCACCUCAUAAAGCUUUCCUUCGCAUACAUAUCUUUUUUUUUUCUUUUUUUCAUGCAAAGUGUACACAAAAAGCACUUUUUUGGUAACGUAUUUAUUACAACACAUAGAGGGCCUUUGUAACACAUUGCAUACAAUUAUUUAUUUAUAUAUAAAUAUAUAUAUAUAUAAAUGCCAGAAAAUCCAUGGUCUUUAUAUAAAAGAGCGAAGAGAGAACAACCUUUAUCUCUGCAGAUCGACUUUUAAAGUUAUAAUUUUUUUUAUUAGAUAUUAAUACGUUUUUAUCAACAGUGCAUUCAUAUCUCAACGUUCUCGAUGAUGCGCUUUAGGGCUUCCUGAGUGUUAAUAAAUAAAUACAAAUCUGAUUAGUUGGAGGGCAUUCAAAUGGUCCAUUCCGCUGUCACAAAGUUGCAAUAAAUACAUAAAUAAUGAAUAAAUAAAAUGGUGCUUCAUAAAGGUUUUAAUUGCAAAUAAUGCACCAGUACAGUAGAACCCUUAGGUUAGGAGUUUAAUUGGUUCUGGGAUCGGGCUCGCAGCUUAAAACGCUCGUAUCCUAAAAUCAUUUUUCUCAUAAGAAAUAGAGGAAAUUCACUCGGUGUUCCACACCUCCAUAAAUACACAUAUACACUCCUUUUUAAAAGGUUUUGUAAUGGUUAUUAUUGUACAAAUUAUAACCCCUAACAUCAGAAAUGAAUAAUUUACAAUAAAAAAUUUAAAUAAUUGACAAAUUAACUCGGGCGUCACCUUUGAGGAGAGUCGUGGCUGGCGUGAGGGAGACGAGAGAGUUAACUUUACAAUGCAGCGCAAAAAGUCUAUGAAUACGAACGAUAGCGGUCACAACUCGACAACGAACACGAAGUCACAACUCAAAUAACAGUUCCCGAAGACGCUGCUUCUACGAGUGCUGCUCGGAGACUCGAGUCUCGUUCGUACUUUUUGCUCGCCCGCAAAAAUGGCCAUAUGGCGCGAAAAUUUAGCUCGCAGGCCGAUGCAACACUCGUAACCUAAUACAAUGAAUUAAAUAUGUAUGCUCGUAUUCCAAUGUGCUCGUCAAAGUUACUCGUAACCCGAGGUUCUACUGUACUUCACUUCGAAUGCUGCAGUAAUAAGUAGAAACAGUUCACACCUUUUUCAAUGCAAAUGAAGCAGACGAAUAGCCAUAAUAAUAGAAUGGUUCUUUCUUCUUUCUUUUAUGUCAAUAGCAAUAUGCUUCGUAAAAAAUGUUUGUCGCAGGGUUUUGACAUUUACAUCAAGCCCCGAAUACCCGUGUGACCCUUACGAAUGUGUUAUGAAGGUUCCCCCGUAGUGUUACCCCCCUUUUUUUUUUUGUUACGGGUUGUGACCGAUCCAUUCACGGUCCUGCAAUCUUCAUAGAUACCACUGCUGUCUUACAGAGUCAGAACUGAUUCUGAUUACAUAAACCUCUACAGAAAUAAGAUUUCAGAUAUUUUUUUCUGAGUUUGUUUUCAAGCAGGCAGCCAUUCUCCACUCAGAACGCCAAACCGUCGUACUUGAACGAGCUCCUGUCUAGACGUCUGUAGGUUCUGUGGCGCGACUCUACUGUAGCACUGGGACUGAUCACCUGACGUGUUGCAAUACAUUUACACAGAAGGAUGCAAUACUAUUUCUUUUUUUUUUUUUUAAACCAUUGUGGAAUCGAAGCUAUAUUAUUAUUAUUAUUAUUAUUAUUAUUAUUAUUAAUAUAGAAGAAAUGUCGCUGAAUCGUCCUCGGAUUACAUUACAAAAAAAACCAAUGUGAACGUGUGGGAACAGAUUAUCUUUUGCAUGCUGAAUAUUUAAUUUGAAUUUGGUUUGAGGUGAAUUUUCACAAAUAUCUGUUUAUACAUUGCUAUUUUUUGCUUUCGGGGAGAAUUUUUUUAUUGCUCCUGUUGAUUUUAAAAUGGGUUUCAUGUGCCUUUGGAUACACAUUUACAUGAUUUUACAGGAACAUUUGACUGUAUUAUGAAUCAAAACUUGUGUAGCUAUAUUGUAGUGUUAUUUGGUGUGUGUGUGUGUGUGUGUGUGUGUGUGUGUGUGUGUGUGUCCCUCCCACCCCCACAGCAGUAAAGGUUCAUUUAUAA